CUUGGUGAAAAAAAUGUGCUAACUCCUUUACUUAAUGGGAUUCUUCCCCUGUGGCAGUGCAAACGGCUAGAGCAGGAGCUUCAUCAUCUGAAAGAGCAGAACCAGACUUCAGCAAACAACAUGAGACAUCUGACUGCUGAAAACAAUCAAGAACGUGCUCUGAAGGCAAAGUUGUUAUCAAUGCAUCAAGCAAAAGAAACUGCAGUUGAACAAUACAAGAAACUGGAAGAAGAAAUUCAGACACUACAAGUUUACUACAGUUUACACAAAUCUUUAUCUCAAGAAGAAAACCUAAAGGAUCAGUUUAACCAUACCCUUAGUACCUAUGAAGAAGCUUUGAAAAACAGAGAGAACAUUGUUUCCAUCACUCAACAACAAAAUGAGGAACUGGCUACCCAACUGCAGCAAGCUCUGACAGAGCGAGCAAACAUGGAAUUACAGCUUCAGCAUGCAGUGGAAACCUCCCAGGUGGCCAAUGAAAAAGUUCAGAAGUUGGAAAGGCUGGUGGAUGUCCUGAGGAAGAAGGUUGGAACAGGGACUAUGAGGACAGUGAUCUGACUGAGAAAACGACAGUCUGGGGGAAGCAAUCACAUCUGGUGACCAGGCUGCUUCAUUCAACACUGUGUAAACACUAAAAGCCUUAACUCAGCAAACAGUUGUUAGAAGUGGGACACUCCAACCACAUUCCAGGCUGAGAUAAAAUCAAAUCACAAAUGUUUAACCACUUUGCUGCUGACUUGAGUUACUUAUCCAAAUAUAUUAACUUUUACCAAUGGGUAGCUAUAAGGUUGCAGUUUAUUUUUUAACUAUUUUAUAUCUCAAUGUGUUUAAUAUAAAUCUUUGUACUAUAAGACCACUAUAGAAAUAUAGUGAAGUUGGUCAGGAUCACAACUUCACAUAUGGUACUUUCUGAAUCAAAGUGCAGCAAAGUCAAUAUUGUCUAAGCCUUAAUCCACUGUGUUAGGUCAAAACUUCAAAUAAAUGCAAUUUCCAAUAUAGAGUAUAUUUCUUAGCUGAUGAGAAAGACUCAGACACGAGAGUGUGUAGUCUUCCAUAUGUAUGUAAUCUUUCUUCGUAUUAAAUGCUGUUAAGUAGAGUUGCCAUGGAAUAAAUGUAUAAUUUGCUUUAAUAGGAGUUUAGUAUGUUAAAAUUACAUUCAAGUCAUGAUUUUCAUUUCACUCAAAUAUAAUGCAAACUGUUUUCAAUAAAAAAGAUUGUUAAUGUGCACUUAUAAAUUCAUAUUGUUAGUAUUUUUGUAAUGUUGAGCCUGGGUAAUUAUCUAAGCUCCACUUAAGGUGAAGAAAUUGCCAAGUUUCUGUCAAAUAGUCUGGAACUCUUUGGGCUUGAAAAUUAGCAUGUGCCAGUACGUCUGUAUCCUAAAAGGCAAGAAGUCAUCAAAUCUGUUAAUUAUUUUUAUUUAUUAUCUUUUUUUAGAUUUGAAUUUUUGUUGUGGAGAAAGAGAAUACAAUAUAUAAUACACCAUAAAAUUGUAAUCUACAAUGUAAGGACUUAGGAAAGAGUAAACCUGCAAUUUGGUUCAGGUUACCUAGUUUUUUAUUUUAUUGAAGAGGUAACUUAAAGUAGUUAAAGCUUAUAAUAAUAUGAAUAAAACUGAGAUGUUAUAUAUUUUGCUAUACAAAGAAUUCUUUGCUUUUUUAGAUGGAUUAGGUGAGAGGCCAAUAGAAAAUGACUAUGCCUGGAGCAGGCUGAAAUAGACAAGCAGAGACUGAAUUAGUGAAAAUGUUUAGGCAAAUGAAAAUUUUUGUAAGUCUAUACAUUUUUAAUUCAUCUUUAAGAUUACAUUAUCCACAAUUGCCUAUUUUCAGGGUAAGUGUAUUAAGGAUAAUUUAUUGUAUUAUUCUUUUGUAUACUAUUAGAAAUUAUCUAUUUUGUUUUUACUUUGCAGUAAAAAUUUGAGGUGCUGUAUCACAAGUGACAAAAGAUGAACAAUACAUGCUUUUUCUUCCCUAUUAAAACUGUACCCAUUAGGGCCAGGGAUUUAGCUCAGUGGUUCCGCCGCCUGCCUCACAAGUACAAGGACCCAAGUUCGAUCCCUGGUGCCAAAAAAAAAAAAAUGUAUCAAACUAAGUGGCAGUUAGAAUCAUCUCUCUGGAUUCAAAUUUGGAAUUUACUCAUGUUGCCCGUUUUUAAUGAUAUUUUUUAAUGUGAGAAUUAGAAAGUAAGGAAUAACAUGGGUUAAAAAUAAAUACUGGAUUUGCUAUCUAAUCCUAUAGAUUAGCCUCUCAUACACCAGUGACAGUUUAAAUAUAGAAAUUUAUAAUACCUUAGUCAUGCAUGAAGUCUUGUCUCUGAGCUGUAAUUGUAAUUCAUAACAGUUCCCUAUGUGCAGAAAUAGUUCCUUUUAAGCCUCCUGAAGAUGGAGGUAAGUAAAGAGAAACAGUUCUUCUUACAAAAUAGUCCAUUCCUGAACCCUCUUAAAAUGAAUGACAAGUAAACUUGAAUUUUCAAUUUAGUCUUGAAAAAUAGCUAACUUUUCUUGAGUUGUCUAGGAUUUUAGAACACAUAAAGUGCAAUAUAAAAACACUUUAUAAUUUCCAAACAUCUCUUCCUACACAGAAUUGAUCAGAUUAGAACAACUGAUUCAUGUAAUCAAUAUGGAAAACUUUUAUAGACUAUGAUAUUAUAAAGUAAAACUUAUAAUUCUAACAUCUAACAUUCUUCAGUGUAAUCUCCCAAAAUAUACCCCAUCUUCCUGAAACAUGAGUUGUCUAUAAAAUUACAAAUCCAAACUAUUACUACCAUAUAUUGAUUUAAUUGCUUUCUUACAUUUAAAAAUAUCCACCAACAUUAUUUCAAAUACUGUAGUCUUUUUUUUUCUUUGUAUGAAGAAAUAACCUUACUGAAAAUCAGUUAGCCACCUAUUCAGUAAUAGUGCAGCUUCAGAAGUGGUCUGCUUUGCUCAGAGAUGUUGCUUUCAGUUUGCUUUAAAUCAUCAAGUCACAUUCCUAUAGUAACAUAAGAAUCCAUUUCUUGUAAAAAAAACAAAAAUUAAGUAGUUCAGAGGAAAGACAGAAAAAGGCAACACUAACAUCUGUAACAAUUGAUUUACAAAGUUGUUUCAUAUCUCUUUAAAAAUUAGAUCCUAUGAACAACCAUAUAAUAGUAAUAAAAAAUUAUAUAAACUAUAUAAUAGUAAUUUUGAGGAUUUUAGUAUUAGUAUUAUUGUUAUUAUUAUUAUUACAUUCAUUCUGUAGAUAAGGAAACAAACUCAGAGCAUCUUGCUCUCAAGUGACUUAUUUUGGCACUGUUUUAAAAACUGAACUACCUUGCUUUGGACUAUUUUUAAUUAUACCUAAUGCUAAAACCUGACAGUGCAGCUUUAUAAAAUGGUAUUCUAAUCUUCAAGGCUCACUCUACCUCCUAGAGUAACUGUUAGAGAUUUAAAAGAAAGUUAUAAGCCAAGUUAUUGCCUAUUGACAAGGCAGUUACACCACUUAUUAAAUAUUAAUAUGUGAGGGUUCUCAUUCUACUUUUAUAAAUAUGUCAUUAUGUAUAAAGGUAUUUGAAACAGUUAAAGUGCUUUAUAGAAUAAGUUAUAUACUUUUUUCAAUGAUGAAUUAAUCCUUUGUAUAUGUCUUCUCCCAAAAACUGAAGAGGGCAGGUGUAGCUCAGUGACAAAAUGCAUGCUUAGCGUGCAUGGGAACCUAGGUUUCAUCCUCAGUACCACAAAUAAGUAAUUAAAUAAACAAACUGAAGAAUCUUUUUAUUAGGUCACUUACUGAUAGAAUGUUUAUUUCACAAAUAAAUUAGAAUUAUUAAGGAUUUGCAGUUUUAAUAAUGCAUAGAGUUGUGUAAGAAUGCACUUUAACAUGUAGUAUUUUUAAAGAUCAUAAUUAUUUCAGUUUUCCAUUUCAAAUACUUAUGAUUAAUAAGGCAUAUAUGAUUUUUUACAAGGCAUGACAAAUUUUAUCUUAUCACCUGUGGUUUGUAUGGAAUCCCAAUUUUUCAGACAUUAUUAUGUUCUUGGUAAUUAUUAUUUACAGCUAACCUACCUAUCUAUUCAUACCUACAUACCCACACAGACACACAAAUGUAAUUUGCCUUUUUAAAACAUUGAUUUGUAAAUCAACUGUUAGGCUUCAGUGAUUUCAGCAUUUUGUUUGUGUUUUAUUGAAAAUGCACAUGGUUUCUGAGGCUUUUAAACAAAUACAUGAAAUGGUUGAAAGAUUUAUAUUGCUUGUACUUAGCUAAAUAUGUCAUCUCUAGAAAAGAUGUGGCUUAUUUUGGCACAGCUUUAAAAAGUCAAAUAUUUUAAAAAUUUGUUAAGUUGGAGCUUGCAUAUUUGACCUAGUAGCAUACGUUCCAGAAUAGCAUCUCAAGUUACAAAACUUUUGUAAUCCUUUUACUAGAAUAAGUUUUUUGAAGAGGUUUUUAUUUCUUUUUUGUUAUGUACUAUGUUAAAUUUAUAAAGGUUGACAUUACUUUUUAAAGUAGGACUUCAGAAAUAGAAUUUAGUAAUGAUAAAUGUGUAUAUUUGAGAACCAUUAACACAUUAUAUACUAUCGAUAUUCUUUUACAGAAGUCUGAAUAUACUUAUUUUUAAUUUUAUUGUUUUCUAAAUAUUCUUUUGGAGUAUGCUAUCAUUUUGGAAGCCCCAACUUUCUUUCUUAUCUGAUUAUUAACAAAGAUGUAUUUAAUGCACAAAUUGAAAUAUGCAAAAUAUGUAUUUACUUUUUAUUCUCAAAAAAUUCCCUAUUGCAAAUCCUACAUGUUUGAAUCCAAUUCUUAAACAUUGAUCUUUAUCAAGUUUAUAAGUGUACAGUCCUGAAGAUACUGUUCUGGAUAUAUUCCCUAUAAAGUGUAUUUCAGUAAGGAAACAGAUUAAAUUACCCAUUAAACUGUGUAUGCUUUCCUUAAUAAAGAUAAAAAGUCAAUAUGA